AUGUCUUCCCAACGCAACACCGGCGAAGCGUCGAUGAGCGCAUGGUUGAGCGAGGUUCUGCACCGCUCUGAUGGCCUCUAUUGGUACCAGGGGACGACCUAUGAAGAGGAAGCAAAGGAGACGAUGAAAGCCCUGAAUGAAUUGGUCAAUUACAUGGGUGAUCUGCGGGCUUCACAGAUCAAGGUUCUCAUAACCAACCCAACACUCCAGCAGCAGCAGAGCUGGGGCUUUGACGCGACCACCAUCGAACUCUAG